AUGGGCGACUCGAAUGCGGUCACGGCGAGGCUGCGCAUGCGCACGUUUCGCGCGAAUCUCAAAUCCGACGCCCACAAGCUCCAAGUCGAGAUCGAGUACCUGGAAAAGAAGCUGGAGCGCCUUCGACAGGCGCCGCCGUCCACUCGAAGCUAUCGUGCACCGUUCGCGAUGGCCACCGAUGUGCUCCUGUCGCACUCGAACCGCCUGCGCAAACACGUCGAAGCGCGCACGCGGCUCAUUCGCGAGCUUGCAGUGUGGCUGUCCGCGCAGCGGCCCCUCCCUGCCAACUUCUCGCGGUCGUCGUGGAUGGAAACAACGCUCGUGGCCGACCCGGUGUGCAGACGCCAGGGGUACCGAUGGCUCACCGAGAGAGCGCUCCACAUGGCCGUGCUGCAGCAUCCGAAUCACUCGUUCCAAGGGGACGACCAGGUCACAAUCACACUGCACACGUCGCCCGUCGACGGUGGCACUUGGCGCGACGAAGCGAACGAGGUCGUCGACGGCACGAGCUCGCGCGUGCAGGUCACUGUGUUUGCCAGCAUCGACAAGGUGGCCAAGGGGUACUGGAAGCUCUUUACGCAAGGCAUUGCGUCGUCGCCCAUGGUCGAGUGGGUCGACAGCGACUUGGUGUACUUUCACUCGAUCAAUCCGUUCCUCGGCACGUCCAAGCAGUCUAUCUUGCGCCGGUUCGACCCGUCCCCCCGCCAAGUCGUCUUUACAAUCGUCAACGUUUCCCACGACGAAAUCGUUCCGCUGACCGACGGCCAGAUGCGGACGCAUGGCGUGAGCUGCAUGAUCCUCGACGAAGUGUCGACCGGGAUCACGCUCGUCCGGUCGACCGACUUGGCGCUGGCGCCGCUCACGUGCGAUGGCAAAGCGUCGUUGGAAACGAUGGGCAUGCUCCUCGGGGUCCCUCCUCGACUCGGAAACGACUCACCCACGGUGUACUUGGAGAAAAUUCGCUCGGCCGUCGAUUCGUACCAGAUCGACCAAGUCGGAUUUCGCAUUAUGGUCACCAACCGCGUCGUCGCUGACGUCGAAGCCGAGCGUACGUGA